AUGUGUGACGUCCCCUUCUUCUUCCCCGUCUGUUUCCAGUGUGGGACGGACCAGAAUCCCUGUCGGUGCAAAGUGGUGGGCCCUACGCUCGGAUUCGUCGUCACAGUCGUUGCGGCUGUUGUGUGCUACCCUGCGUCGAUAUUCUGCGGGUGUUGUUUUACAAAGAAGGGAAAAGAUGUCCUGGCAUAUCCAGUCAAGUUGAACGGGCAAGUGAGCAAUGCGAUACCAAUAUAG